AUGACUAAUACAACUGGUGAGGAACACUCAAAGAGAGUAUCCUUUGGAGGGGAAGAACAAGUGAAAAUGAUAAUAUAUGAUGAAAUUCCUAUUGAAGAAUCUACUUUUACAAAAACAGCGUUUACUAGCAGUGAUGCUCCACCAUCAAAAGUUACUGUAACGACUGAAGAAUCUGAAUUUCCUAGACCAAUUUCUCCACCUACUCUAAUAGAAGAACCUACUUUUAUUCCACAUUCACCACCACUUCCAUCUCUUGCAAAAAAAAUGGCUUCUGAAACUGAAAAUCCAUUUAGGCCGCAAGAUCAAUUAUACCACGAAGUAGAUCCAAUUGUUGAACAAUAUAAAACUAAACCUUAUCCAAAAUCUCCAACUAUUUCACCUACAUCAACACCAUCUAAAAAAUCUAAAGUACCAGAAGAGGAGGAAGCAUUAUUAAAAGAAAGUAAAAAAAAUGAACUACAGGCUAAUUCAAUUGGUGAUCAUCACCAGACAACAUCAAAUACAAAUAUUUCCCUUGCACCAAGAAAAGAAAUUUCAGAUACAGAGGAUGUUGUUGAUUUACCACCUCCAAGCAAAGUAGAACUAAUACAUUUAGAAAAAAAAUCAAAAUGUUGUUGUACUUUGCAAUAA